AGGACGUCUUGUUUACCUAGAAACAGAGGAUUUGAUUAUUUUUAUGGUAGCUACGUAGCUUGGACUGAUCAUAUAAAUCAUACGGCAACGUCGUGUAUCAAAAGAGGUGAUGAGACAACAGUGGGAAAACCAUGCUGCUUAAACAGAGGUAGCAUAUUAAGAGAUUGCAUUAAGAGCUGCUGGGACAAAAAUCACAAUGUCGCAGGAAUCGAUCUUAUGGAUAAUGAAAGACCAGUUAUUGACGCUGGUGGACUUUUCGGGCCUGAUUUGAUAACAGACAAGGCAGUAGGAAGGAUUGUGGAUCAUAAUCCUGAAAAGCGAUUGUUUCUGUCGGUAGCCUAUACCACACAUAAUCCUACACCUACAGAUGCAUAUCUUAACAAAAUAACGGAAAUACCCCCAGGCAGACUUGGCCCUCUUAAUUCACCAAGAAAAGAUGUCGCUGCCAUGAUAAAUGCAGUAGAUACAGGUGUAGGGAAAAUAAUCGACAGUCUCAAACAAAAAGGUCUUUGGAAAAACACGGUGCUUCUAUUCACAUCUGACCAUGGAGGACACAGACGAAAGAACAAUAAUUGGCCAUUGAGAGGAACAACACACACUUACUUCGAAGGUGGAAUCAGGGGAUUAGGUAUACUAACUGGUUCAGUCACCAACAAAGCGAAAAGUUGCACCGGGUCCAAUAGUCAGCUUUACCAUAUGACCGACUGGUACAAGACUUUCCUGACACUCGCAGGAGCAACGAUAGGUUCUGACACAGAUUCCUAUGAUAUUUGGACUUCAGUUUGUUCUUGUACGAAGAGUCCUAGAAAGGAAAUUCUCCAUAGUUUAAAUCCAGAAAUGCCAAGACUUGGAAGCCCUGUCUACCCAGAUACAUUCGACAGCUCAGUUCAAGCUACGAUCAGGAUGGGAGACUAUAAAUUAUUUACUGGUCGGAUCAGUGGUACUGGCGGUUUCAGUGGCUGGGUUGCUCCCGCAGAAUACCCUGAACUUGUAACCCUAGAGCCAGAUCUAAACGACCCUAGCAAUGUACACCUGUAUGAUAUUAAAAAUGAUCCUCUUGAGAAUUAUGAUCUAAGUGCAG